AUGGCCACAGCAUGUAGCCGGCGCGACUGCGACGAGGUCAUGGAACCUGUCGGUCUUACCAUCGGCGUCGUAGGCCUGGCGGGUCUGUUUUCUUCUUGCCUUGAGUGCUUCGAGCUUAUCCAGCGCGGUCGAUAUUUCGGCGCCGACUACCUUCUUCUCGAAGCAAAGUACUGCAAUCAGCGCCUGCGACUGUGGACGUGGGGGCGCGCAUGUGGUCUCGUUGAAGGCGAUGAUCCCGGAGAUCAUGGGUGCCCGACCUGGAGUCACGAAGUGGUUUCAGCCGUGGAAGAGACAUUGGGCCACAUUGCCAGCUUGUUCCAAAAUCACAGCAAGCUCUCUCAACGGUACGGAUUAAGGGCCGUGGACGCCACUCCCACGGGCAAGGCUCUGUCACCGAGCGCGCUCAUCAGGGUUCUCGUGCCAAGGCUGAGGGGAACAAACCUGGCCAGAUUGACGCAACCCCAGCCCACGUCAGAGGCGGACAAAUCGCCGGGGUUUCCUGCAACAGCUCGAUGGGCAAUUGAGGGUAAGACCAAGUUCAGCGACCUUGUUCAACAUCUCAAAGACUUCAUCGACGACCUUGAAUCCCUGACCGCACGAUCAGAUAUGGAUCUGCGCAAGCGCCAAAGGAGAUACAUCCAGGAUGAGGUUGAAUCUAUUAUCGAGCCUGCAGACCUUGAGAUGAUCGAAAGAGCCAGGAUGGCAGGAAGGGAUGCUGUUGCCGAUGCCGCCAGUACCCGACUCUAUCGGAUCCAGGAGAACGCGCAGUCCGAGUCUGCACGAGGACAGAUUCACGAAGAGGAAUGGGUGGAUAUUCAACAGCCCACUCUGAAUACGUCCGAAGAUGCUAUGGCGAAGUAUCAUCAGAACUUUCACAGGGUCACUUGCGAUUUGUGCCCUACCCGAGUGUUCCUGGACGAGCCCAGUUAUGCGCUAAGCAGCCCCCUCGAGGAAGAUGAGGCAGUGGAACGCGACUUUCUGAAUCACAUUGAGAGCUCCAUGACCGACGCAUACGAUCAACUUGAUGAUGCGCUGCGAGAGAAAAUAUCCAUCAAGUGGGAGCAUCUGCCACUCAUCUUCCGCAAAGGGGUGUAUUUUUUAGACCCCCAAAUGUACAAAAGCGACAGUCAAGCCGGUCACAGGGCAUCAACUGUCAAGUCGCGCAAGGAGACUCUCGUGUUAGAUGGCAGCCCUUAUUUCAAUGAUGAUGGCGAGAAGGACUACUAUGACGAAGAGGACUACUAUGACGAAGAGGACUACUAUGACGAAGAGGACUACUAUGACGAAGAGGACUACUAUGACGACGACUAUUUUGAGAUCUGA